AUGACCCUCAUGAACUUCUACAGAUGCACCAUUGAGAGCACUCUGUCGGGCUGCAUUACCGCCUGGGAGUGUGGUACUGACAGGGAAUGUGGUACUGACAGGGAGUGUGAGUGUGGUGCUGACAGGGAGUGUGGUGCUGACAGGGAAUGUGGUACUGACAGGGAGUGUGAGUGUGGUGCUGACAGGGAGUGUGGUGCUGACAGGGAGUGUGGUUUUGACAGGGAGUGUGGUACUGACAGGGAAUGUGGUACUGACAGGGAGUGUGAGUGUGGUGCUGACAGGGAGUGUGAGUGUGGUGCUGACAGGGAGUGUGAGUGUGGUGCUGACAGGGAGUGUGGUGCUGACAGGGAGUGUGGUACUGACAGGGAGUGUGGUACUGACAGGGAGUGUGGUUUUGACAGGGAGUGUGGUGCUGACAGGGAGUGUGAGUGUGGUGCUGACAGGGAGUGUGGUGCUGACAGGGAGUGUGGUGCUGACAGGGAGUGUGGUGCUGACAGGGAAUGUGAGUGUGGUGCUGACAGGGAGUGUGGUGCUGACAGGGAGUGUGGUGCUGACAGGGAAUGUGAGUGUGGUGCUGACAGGGAGUGUGGUACUGUUAGGGAGUGUGAGUGUGGUGCUGACAGGGAGUGUGGUACUGUUAGGGAAUGUGAGUGUGGUGCUGACAGGGAGUGUGGUUCUGACAGGGAAUGUGAGUGUGGUGCUGACAGGGAGUGUGGUGCUGACAGGGAGUGUGGUGCUGACAGGGAGUAUGGUACUGACAGGGAGUGUGGUACUGACAGGGAGUGUGGUGCUGACAGGAAAUGUGAGUGUGGUGCUGACAGGGAGUGUGAGUGUGGUGCUGACAGGGAGUGUGGUACUGACAGGGAGUGUGAGUGUGGUGCUGACAGGGAGUGUGGUGCUGACAGGGAGUGUGAGUGUGGUGCUGACAGGGAGUGUGAGUGUGGUGCUGACAGUGAGUGUGAGUGUGGUGCUGACAGUGAGUGUGGUGCUGACAGGGAGUGUGGUACUGACAGGGAGUGUGAGUGUGGUGCUGACAGGGAGUGUGGUACUGACAGGGAGUGUGGUACUGACAGGGAGUGUGGCACUGGAAGGGAGUGUAGUACUGACAGGGAGUGUGGUUUUGACAGGGAGUGUGGUACUGACAGGGAAUGUGGUACUGACAGGGAGUGUGGUACUGACAGGGAGUGUGGUGCUGACAGGGAGUGUGGUACUGUUAGGGAAUGUGAGUGUAGUGCUGACAGGGAGUGUGGUUCUAACAGGGAAUGUGAGUUUGGUGCUGACAGGGAGUGUGGUGCUGACAGGGAGUGUGGUACUGACAGGGAGUGUGGUACUGACAGGGAGUGUGGUGCUGACAGGGAAUGUGAGUGUGGUGCUGACAGGGAGUGUGGUGCUGACAGGGAGUGUGCUACUGACAGGGAGUGUGAGUGUGGUGCUGACAGGGAGUGUGGUGCUGACAGGGAGUGUGGUACUGACAGGGAGUGUGAGUGUGGUGCUGACAGGGAGUGUGGUACUGACAGGGAGUGUGAGUGUGGUGCUGACAGGGAGUGUGGUGCUGACAGGGAGUGUGGUACUGACAGGGAGUGUGAGUGUGGUGCUGACAGGGAGUGUGGUACUGACAGGGAGUGUGAGUGUGGUGCUGACAGGGAGUGUGGUUUUGACAGGGAGUGUGGUACUGACAGGGAAUGUGGUACUGACAGGGAGUGUGGUACUGACAGGGAGUGUGGUGCUGACAGGGAGUGUGGUACUGACAGGGAGUGUGGCGUGAGCGUGGCCCAGAGGGUAGUGACCGUUCAGAGCGGACCACUAGUACGGACGGAGGGCAGUCACGUGACCAUCUGGUGCAACGUGACCGGCUACAAGGAGGGUAUGGAGCAGGACUUUGAGUGGUCCAUGUACCUGACCUCGGUGCCCGACCGCGAGAUCCGCAUUGUGAGCACGGCCCAGUCCAACUAUGCGUACGCCGUGUAUGCCCAGAGGGUCAACAGUAAGGAGAUCUGGGUAGAGAGGCUGACCAGGGACUCAGCCCUGCUCCACAUCACCAAGGUCCAGGCCAGAGACCAGGGGCUGUUUGAGUGUUACACCCCCAACACAGACGGACAGUACCUCGGCUCCUACAGCGCCCGCACCAACCUUACCGUCAUCCCCGACUCCCUCGCUGUCACCGCGCCGCCACAGACCCUCUCCCAGGUGGAGGGUGACACGCUCCAGCUCACCUGUGAGGUUUCCCGGGCGACAGAGCAGCACACACACCUGUCUGUGGGUUGGUACCUGCGUUCCUCUGAGGACGCUACCAUGUCGCCCCAGGAGAUCCUCACUCUGUCCCGAGACUUUGUCCUCCGGGCCGGUGCACCUUACAAACAGAGGAUGACUGCAGGAGACCUGAGACUGGAUAAGACCAGCGCUACGUCCUACAGGCUGACCAUCCACCGGCUGCAGCCUGCUGACCAGGGCUUGCUCUACUGCCAGGCUGCAGAGUGGAUCCAGGACCCCGACCGCAGCUGGUUCACCAUGACCCGCAAGCAGGCUGAUAAGACCCAGCUACGGAUACAGCCCAUUGAUCGGGACUUCUCUAUCCAGGUGAGCACGGAGCGGCGGUCCUUCACGGCGGGCGAGCCGCUGGAGCUGCGCUGCACCAUCGAUGCCCAGAGCGUGCCCGAGCGCUUCUUCUCGGUGUCGUGGGUGUUCAGCAGCUCGCCGGUGGCUGUGAUAGGGCCCAGCGCUGUGCCCGUCCUGGGACUCGACUACGUGGCGCGCGAGGCCGCUGGUCACAUGACUGUGCGCAAGGAGAGCCCCACUGUGCACUUGCUUAAGCUGCAGCACCUCCGACCAGAGGAUGCUGGGAAAUACAUCUGUAGGGUCACGGAGAGGGAGAAGACACCCACCGGGGACUUUAUAGAUCGGAGCAAGAGGUCACGCAACGUCCAGAUCACCGUCCAGCCCAUCAAGAGUAACGUCACAGUGUCUUUGUCCAGUAACUCAUCGGAGGUCCAGGAGGGGGACGUGGUCCAGCUGACCUGCUCCAUCCACUCCACCACGGGUCCUCUCUCGGUGGCCUGGCAGUGGAGUGAGAAGCAGGGCUCCACCCCUCCCCAGAACCUGGCCUCCGUAGAUCGCGACGGGACCGUCCGACCAGGCCCUGGGUACCGUGAGCGCUCCAGCUACGGGGAGAUCCGUGUGGAGAGGGUACAGGAGGACAUUUAUACCCUGUCCCUCUACAACGCCCUGCCUGGGGACGAAGGGCUGUUCCGGUGCACGGCCACAGAGUGGGUGGAGGCCGGGACAGAGUCCGAGCAGAGUUGGCAGAAGAUAGGGGAGAAGUCAGCUACUAAGGCCAUCACUGUUAAGACCGUGGAAUCCUCCUUUGUGGUGUCGGCGUCGUCGCGGACGCCCAGCGUGACCUUUGGCGACUCGUUUGACCUCCAGUGCCUGGUGAAGCCCCGCCAUAACCCUCGUGUGCCUGCCUCUGUCACCUGGCGCUUCAUGCCCGCCAGCUCGGGCUCAUCUGGGGAGGUUGGCACAGCAGGCGAGUUCCGAGACCUGGUGACGUUUACCCGCGAGGGCACGCUGCAGUGGGGCGAGCAGCUGCUGGGCCUGGGCACCCGCACCACCGUGGACCGUUCCCAUUCCAACACCAACUUCAGGUUGUCUGUGACGCGCGCUGGGCGCAAGGAGGCGGGGACGUAUCAGUGCUCUGCCCUCCUGUGGAGGAGGAACUACGACAACACCUGGAACAAAGUGGCCAACAGGACGUCCAACCUGCUGGGGAUCAGCGUGUUACAGCCAGUGUCUAAGCUGCGUGUGCAGAAGACCAACCAGUCCCUGGUCUACCUGGAGGACAGCCGUGUGCGCGUCAACUGCUCCGUGGCCUCCCAGACCAGCACCGACUCACAGCAUGCCGUGCUUUGGUACGUGCGCCGCGCGACGGGCGCCGAGGCCGACGAGCUCUUGCUGAGGAUUGAGCGCUCAGGCGCAUUUGAGUAUGGUGCGUACGCAGACGAGGAGAGGUUGAGGCGGCGGGUGCAGGCAGAGAGGAUGUCGCCACAGCUGUAUGCGCUGACACUGAACAGGGCAGAGAGCAGCGACUCUGGAACAUACUACUGCCUGGUGGAGGAGUGGCUCACAGAUCCAGACGGAGCCUGGUACAGACUGGCACGGGACUCCUCAGGCUUCACACAGGUCCUCGUCAGACAGCCAGAGGUGCGGUUACAGGUGGAGGAGUCCGAGUCUAAUAUCACCGUGUCCCAGUCCAGUUCCAUCCGGUUGGGCUGUAGCAUUCCCUCCCAGUCCUCCAGAGACUCCCGUUUCUCCGUGUCCUGGUAUGUGGAGCGCUCCUCCAUGCUCUCUGAGGAGGAAGAACAGGGGGAUGUUGACGAGGGAAACCGGGCCUGUGUGUUCUCCAUCGGACACGACGCCGUGUUCGGGAACGGGAACUGUAGCCCAAUCGAGGAGGCGGGACCUAACUCACGCCUGCAGUUUGAGAGGACGACCUCUGACCUCUACAGUCUGACCAUCCAGACGGCGCGACCCGCUGACGCCGGGCGCUACUACUGUCAUGUGGAGGAGUGGCUGCUCAACCCCCGCAACGCCUGGUAUCGCCUGGCAACCAACAACUCUGAUGUCACCAUCGUCAACGUGAUCCAGCAGGUCUCCACCCUGCAGUCGGUGGUAUGCUCCAACGACUCUCUCUUCUACUUUGUCUUCUUCUACCCGUUCCCCAUCUUCGGCAUCCUCAUCAUCGCCGUGCUCCUGGUGCGCUACAAGAGCCACAGACACAGCAAAUCCCAGGAGAGCAAGAACGGCGCCCCCUUACUGUGGAUCAAAGAACCCCACCUCAGCUACUCCCCCACCUGCCUGGACCCACCCGUCCUCAGCCUGCACCCCGGCUCAGUGGACUAA